AUGGCUGCACUUGGUGAUUUUGUUACAAUUCGCAAUAAUUUGGCUGUUGCCAAACGAGCUGUUGUUGUUGCUUUGCACAUGUUUGUGUAUGGUUGCGAAGGGGAUCGUGGAAACAGAGGACGUCUGAGAGUGUUUGAAGGGUUUGAAUACGACGAAACGACGGACGAGUAUAAGGAGAAGGCAGAAUAUGUUCGACAGAAUUUGAACGCAGGAGAUCUGGUGUCAAUUUGCAACAUGUUGGGAAUUGCAUACGACGUUAACGAUUUGUUCCCACACAUUUUCGCGAAUUUGAAAAAAGGUUGCUUGUUAAGUUCUUCGAACAUAGACGAUGAUUAUCAAACCGAUGAUGAGGAUGUCUCUGAAACGAGUGAAACAAAGGAUCGAACAAUGGUACCAAAGCCGAAUAACGACAACAAUGUAUGUGUUGCUGACGAUAAUGAAGAUGCUCUAGGAUAUGAUGAAGUUUAUGUGGGCGCAGAAAACUAUGCUACAAACGAGUGUAAACAGAAAACGAGAGCAAUGUUGGACAGAGAAGUAAAUUCGAUCAAAAAGGCAGACGAAAAUGUAAACAAAAAUGAAACUAAUGAGUAUAGAAUGACGCAAUAUGCAACGAAUCUUAACGUACCAAGAUUUACUAUGAAUUUUCGUGAUAUUGAGGAAUCAAUUAGACCUUUUGAUGGCAGUGGAGUUUUAUCCAUUAGAUCCUGGAUUCAAGAAUUUGAGGAAACAGCUGUCAUAAUGGGCUGGGAUGAUUUCCAAAAGUACAUCUUUGGGAAAAAAUCACUAAAAGGUCUGGCUAAACUUUUUGUGUCGAGUGAACGAGGUAUUACAUCGUGGCAAAAACUUAAGGAAUCCCUCAUAGACGAGUUUGGAACUGACUUGAAUAGCGCACAACUACAUCGACUACUGGCUGAACGUAAAAUUAACAAAGACGAGAAUGUUCACGAAUACUUUUUGAACAUGAAAGAGCUUGCUUCGCGUGGACUAGUUGAAGACAGUGCUUUAAUACAAUACGUAAUAGAUGGUAUACGAGAUUCAACUUCAAAUAAAACGAUUCUUUACGGUGCAACAAGUUUGAAAGAGUUUAAAGCAAAACUUAAAUGUUACGAGAAUAUGUGGAUGAAGUACAGAAACUCAAGUGAAGCAAAACAGAACACAGUCAACUCUAACAAGCAAACUGUUAAGAAUUCCAAACAAGAUAUGACAUGUUUUAAUUGUGGAGCAAAAGGGCACAUGUCGAAUGCCUGUAAAAACAAGACAAAAGGGCUCAAGUGUUUUAAUUGUAACACUUUUGGUCAUAUUUCCAAAGACUGUCCGUCAAAACAAGAAGCUGCAAAUGUACGCCGAUUGGUAUCUCAUGAUAUAAUGAAGAAAGAAAUCAGAUUUGGAGACCAAAGUUGGUCAGCACUAUUCGAUACUGGCAGUAAAUUUAAUGUUGUGUCCGAGAAGGUGUAUAAUAUGUUGAAUAGACCGAAGCUAAAUAAAACGAAUUUCCAUCUAGUAGGAUUUGGUAUGAACUCGAAAGGAAAUAAAGUUAAACCAUCAGGAAAUUUCAACUCCAAAAUUAUAUUAGAUAGCGAGGAAUAUAAUUUGACAUUCCAUGUUGUUCCAAAUACAUGUUGCGACGUUGAAGUGAUACUUGGAAAUGAUAUUUGUAGACAAGCCAACAUAACAAUAACUCCAGAUUGCCUGAAGAUCAAGAAAAUAGAGGACAAGGAACGGGAAAAAGAAGAAGAGGUACACAGUAUAAUGGUAAUGGAUGCUUGUGAUGAAAUAGAAUUGGACAUUGACGUAUUUGCUGGAAAAGAAAGAAUAAGGAAAGUGACGAAUAUGGUUCAAAGUAUAAGCCUAACAAAUGCAAGACAACCAACUCCCAGACGAUUACCAUUCCAAGAAAGGACUAUAGUCGAAAACCAAAUUGACAAAUGGUUGGAUGAAGGAAUUAUCGAACAGUCGGAAUCAGAAUUUUGCAGUCCAAUAGUUUUGGUAAAGAAACGAGAUUCGACGUCUAGAUUGUGUAUUGAUUACCGAAGAAUAAAUAAGGUGAUAGUAAAAGAUCACUAUCCGCUACCCUUAAUCGAAGAUCAGCUCGAUCGUUUGCAAAACGCUGUUAUAUUCAGUACAAUAGAUCUACGAAAUGGAUUCUUUCACGUACCGGUCAAUGAAGAGAGUAGAAAGUAUACGUCGUUUGUGACUCACAAUGGUCAGUACCAAUUCCGAAAAGUUCCAUUUGGUCUUUCUAAUUCGCCGGCUGUGUUUCAACGUCACAUAAAUGCUAUAUUCCGAGAACUGAAUAGAGAAGGUAUCGCCUUACCAUACGUUGAUGACGUCAUAAUUCCCGCGAGUAUUUACGAUGAGGCUGUGGUUAACCUUCAACGAAUUUUAGAGACUUGUAGAGACUAUGGAUUAGACAUCAAUCUCAAGAAGUGUAGUUUCCUUAAGAGAAGAAUUCAAUUUUUGGCGAAACCACUCAACGAUCUGCGAAAAGAAAACGUAAAGUUCCAAUUUGGUGAUGAACAAAAAUUAGCAUUUGACAAACUUAAACAGUGCAUGACUAAUGAACCUGUACUACACAUAUUUAACGAGAAGUUUGAAACCGAAGUCCACACUGACGCAUCGAUCGAUGGCUAUGGCGCAGUGCUAUUGCAAAAAUCUCCAGACGACAACCUUUUACAUCCCGUGUACUACAUGAGUCGAAAAACCUCUGACGCUGAAAGAAAAUAUACAAGUUACGAACUUGAGGUGUUAGCUGUUAUUGAGGCAUUGAAAAGGUUUAGAGUUUAUCUCAUUGGUAUUAAAUUUAAAUUAAUGACGGAUUGUAACGCAUUUACGAAAACCCUGGAUAAAAAGGAUCUGUGUACGAGAGUCGCCAGAUGGAUUUUACUUUUGCAAGAAUAUGACUUUACUGUUGAACAUCGCCCUGGCACACAGAUGAGGCAUGUAGAUGCUCUCAGUCGACAUCCGAUCAUGGUAAUACACGACGAUGGUUUAAUAGAGCGAAUAAAACGACUGCAGGAGAUGGAUGAAGAUCUUGUCACAAUUCGAGAUAUCUUGGAGGAAAAGCCGGAUUAUAAGGGUUAUUUUGCCAAAAGUGGUAUCCUUUACAAAAUUGAAAACGACUGUGAACUCCUAGUUGUUCCAAAAGGGAUGCAAAACGAGAUAAUAAAAAGGGCUCACGAGCUUCUUGAACAAGAAAUGCUUAUGAGCUACGAUGAACAGCGAGACCAGAUACGCCAGUCAGCAAAAUGCCAGAUUUUAGCCGUGCAGAAUGAAAACAAGAAAUACUACGAUAAGCGCAAAUAA